AUGGCCCCCCAUGUAUGGAUCUCCUGCCUCGUCGGCCUCCUUGCUCCAUGUGUGCUGGCCUCUGUCCGGAAUCGCACCAUUGACGACGCAGACCGCUCUAUCACAUAUUCGCCGCAAUGGAAGACGGCAUGCGAUUAUCCUUAUCCUUGGUCACAAUGUCCCGACCCUAUCAAGAUCAAGAACGGGACGUUGCAUUGGGUUUGGGUUGGGCAGACCCCCGAUCAAUCUGACCCGCCUCAAAUCUCAGUGCAGUUCACCGGGACAGCUGUAUACGUCUACAACGUCCUCCCAUACAACCCCAGUCCACAACCCGACAUCCAAUUCAUCCUCGAUAACAAUACGGUCUCCAACUACACACAACCCGCGAUCUCAAGCUGGGGAUACACAUACAAUUCCCUGGUGUACGCCAACUCCGGUCUCCAGAACGUGCCACAUAGCCUUGUGAUUGAAGCCAAAGGCCUAUCUUUGGUCAUGUUCGAUUACUUUGAAUACACAGCAGAUGAUGACACAUCUUCUCCCCUUCCUCCCUCCUUACCAUCGUCGUCAUCGUCAUCGCACAAGUCACUGUCCAGCAUCACAUCCAUCUCGUCGCAACCUCAAUCAGAGCCGGGAGGUUCCCUUUCACUUGAUUCAGGAACACCCACGUCCUCUGCAUCACGAGUGCCCACUGUUCCCGGGUCGCCCCCCACCUCGUCCGGCGCUCACGGGUCUGCUCGACCCGAGUCUAUCGCUGGCGAAGUUCUCGGUAGCGUAUUGGCCUUGGCUGUGCUCACUGGAGCGGCACUCUACAUUAACAGGCAUCUGCGACGCCGUGCAAACAAGAAGGCCCUGCGGCGUCUAGCCGAUGACGACGGCCUUCCUCGCAUGAUUGACAGUUCAGGUCACGUGUGUCAAGAGGUUCCAAUCAUUUGCGCGCCUCGUUUCCCGAUCCGACCUACUCCCGAUGUGCCGCAUUCGCCGAGGCCGACCAUGUCCAGUGUUGCAACUAGUCCGACGUCCUACAACAAUGUUGCGCCAUCGAAAACAUAUCUCAACGACGGUAUCAUGGCGAGCAUUCUCGAGAAGGUCGAGGUGUCACGCUCGGAAUAUCCUACAUUCACUCCCAUCGAGCGGGGCCUCGAGAAAGAUAGUAGUCAGGUGAGGCCUCAUGAUGGCUCACAGUAG